CCCUCCACAUCCGAAGAUAAAAAUCUAACUGCUCAGUAAGUCAUCCCUACGAUCUACUUCUAUUUUUCAGAUUUGAAAGAAUGUAUACUUUGCAGCUUAAAAUGUCAGCAAGCUUGAGUGAAAUUAGUACAAAUAUAAAGCUGCUGCUCUCAAGGUUCAGUGACUGCCAAGAUCCGCGUCAAUUUGACUGUGGUUUAUCCAGCCAACAGUUCCCUUUGUCAUCUGAAGAGGAACUGGGAACUUUGGACGCUUGUCUAGAGCAAAAAGACAUGGCCACGUUGACACGUCUAAUGGAUGAUGAUCCUAAAACCUCUAUGCGAUAUAUUCUGUCCUACAUCAUGAAACCGGAAGUCGCCAUUAAUUUCACGUUACUGGGUACUUCAUCAAAACGAGCGAUUCAGAAGUGCAGGUUUUACGGCUGCGUACGAAGUAAGAUAAAUAAGGUUUUUAAACUUCAGGUGCACUGACUAAUCGUUUCCUGUCGUCAUCUGUCAACGAGAAAGACCU